AUGGAGGAAACCGAUAAGCUCGCCGUCCUGGAAGGCCACAAUUCUACGCUUGAUGUGGAUCAAUCUCAGUCAGACUACCUUACAGAGUCCGAGAACGAAUCUGAACCUGAGUAUACCGAUCCAGAUGGCUUCGCUGAGCAAGAGGCUAACAAGAUUACUCUCAACAACUAUCUGAACAACCACGAUCAGAACCAGACCCCGAACCACGAGGAGAAUCAACAGUCAAACGCCAUCAUCGAUCGAGCCCGUGAAUAUCAGCAAGAACUGUUCGAAAAGGCCAGGGACGAGAAUGUUAUCGCUGUCCUGGACACAGGCAGUGGCAAAACCCUCAUUGCGGCGUUGCUCAUCAGACAUUACCUGCAACAAGAACUCAUCGAUCGAAGCCGGGGCAAAUCACCAAAGAUCGUCUUCUUCCUUGUCAACAGCGUCCACCUCGCUCGACAACAGGCCCGCUUCCUCUCCAACAACCUGCCGCAGAAGGUCAUCCCGCUAUUCGGUGAUGCCUCGGACGCUCUGUGGGAAAAAGCAGAAUGGGACAAAAUUUUUGCUGAAAAUGGUGUGGUCGUGUGCACAGCUGCGGUACUGGACUCGUGCCUCAUGCACUCCUACCUGAAAGUAGGCCAGAUCUCACUUCUUGUCUUCGACGAAGCCCACCACUGCAAGAAAAACCACCCAUACUCGAGAAUUAUCCGAGAUUAUUAUCUCAAAUGGCGUGGAGACAAACCCCGUAUUUUCGGCAUGACCGCGUCCCCUGUCGACUCUAGGCGGGAUAUUAGCAAAGUUGCUGAGGACCUGGAAACAUUAUUGCAGAGCAAAAUCGUGACCACAAAUGACUUGUCCGUCUUCGACUUUGCACCUCGAGCCAAAGAUGUCAGAUGGAUUUAUCCUCCAUUGGAGGCUGAGUUCGAAACUCCCCUCUACUCGCAACUCAAACCCCUAUGCGGCUCGUUCCAAGAAUUCGAGCCAUACUUCCGCUUCGCUCGCACGGCUUCCCGGCAACUUGGCGCCUGGGCAGCAGACAGGCUCUGGCAAUACGCCUUCCCGACUUCUGAGUACGAAUCGACACUCAUUCUCCGAAAAUUUGAACGAAGCAAGGCUUACACUGACAUCACCGAGAACAAGGGUCGAGGGGCGGCUCUAGAUUCUCUCCGUGAGGCAUUUUCGAUCGUCCAAAAACAUUCAUUUGAGGCCCCAGAGGUUGGUUCGGACCGUGAUCUAUCUUCCAAAGUGCAAAAGCUGUAUAGCGAACUCAAAACCCGCUUUUCGCAUGCAGCCACAACUCGGUCAAUCGUAUUUGUGGAGGAGAGGUUGACGGCACUUAUUCUUUGUGACUUAUUCGAGUCUCUCAGUCUCCCGAAUCUACGAGCUGGCGUCCUCAUGGGUAUCACAUCAGCUUCGGAUCUGAAAAGUUCAUGGAAGGAUCAAGAGGCCGUCAUGGAGAAAUUUCGUACUGGAAUCAUCAACAUCAUAUUUGCCACCAGCGUCGCUGAAGAGGGCAUCGACAUACCUCAAUGCAAUCUGGUGAUCAGAUUCGAUCUGUACAGGACACCAAUUCAGUACAUGCAGAGCCGUGGCAGGGCUCGGAUGAAGGGCUCUAUUUUUGUUCAUAUGAUCGAAGAAGGCAACCAGUCCCAAGAAGCAGACGUCAAUUUUGCCAUGGAUCAAGAUGAGUAUAUAAGGAAGUUUUGUCAACAACUACCCCCUGAUCGCCUGCUGGGGCAGGGCUCAAAAUUGAAGCAGCUCAUGGCCAAAGACGCAAAUUGUCGAAGUUUCGAGACCUCUUCUGGCGUCCUUGCGAACUACUCCAAUUCACUAUUGCUCCUGAGUCGGUAUGCCGAGUCCUUGAAGAAGGUUGGAGCGGUCUCCUCAGAAAUUUAUGAGGAGAUGAUCGAUGUCGAAGAAAACAUGUUUCAGUACCGAGUCAUACUUCCCAUCACGGACGACGAGCGCACUGCCCAAGUCAAAGGUGCCAAAGGCGAGGCGCGAUCAAACAAGAUACUCGCGAAGCGGUCCGCUGCCUGGCACUGUCUCCUCAAGUUACGCAAAGCCCAUCUGUUGGAUGAAAAUCUCAAUAGCAUCUUCUUCAAAGCCAAGCCAGCCAAUCACAAUGCCAAAACCGCGGUUCCCGAGAAUAAGGAACAAUAUGAUAAGAAGGUGAAGCCAGAUUUCUGGAUUGAGAGCGGUGCGACAUCGGCCAUGCUGCCAACAAACCUUUUCGUCACCCAUGUCACUGUUGGGCCGAAAUCACCGUCCUGGUGCACCGACGGCUUGCUGCUUCUGACGCGCACACCACUUCCAGAUAUACCCAAAUUCUCUGUCUUUGUCGACGACAAUGUUGAGAAACACGUCCAAUUCAGUCGGUUCAUAGGGCCGGUCGCAGUAACGCCAGAUCAGGUUGGAGCUCUGACGACAUUCACUCUUCGUGGUGUGUUUCACGACUUUUUCAAUAAAGUCUAUGCUCAAACAUCGACCUCUAUGAGCUACUGGCUAGCACCUCCAGCCAAGGGAGAGAUGAAGGAGAGUUUUGAGUCAAUUGUGGACGUAGAUGAGCUUUUGGUCGCGCAACUCCAAGAACGCCACCGAUGGAAAUCGUCUACAAGUGCGGCAGAGGCAGGGCAAAACGCAGAGAAAUGGUGCAAUGCAUUUGUCGUCGACCCAGGAAGUGGGAAAUACCGCUAUUUCACCAGUAAUGUCUUGCCAGGAAAAUCUAUUUGGGACCCUAUUCCCGAGAGUGCAAAGUCGGCUCAGAAAAGCACGAAGAACACCAUCAUUGAAUUCUCCGACAGCACAUGGGGAGUAAGGAGAAAACACGCUCAGUCUAUCGCCAAGAUGUACGAUUCAAAUCAGCCCGUGUUGAAUGCUAAGGUUGUUAUAGCGGGUCGCAAUUUCUUAAUUGAAUGCCCGAAAGAACGAACACGCUAUGCUAUGUGUCACAUUGCCCCCCAACCACUGGAACUUGGUCGAAUCUCGUUCUCGGUGGCCCAAACUUGUCUACUGUGGCCUUCCAUCCUGCGUCGAUUGGAGAGUUACCUGAUUGUGCAGGAAGCUUUCGAAAAGCUUGAUCUUAGCGGAGUGCCUCUAGAUCUUGCUCUAGAGGCUUAUACGCAGGAGGAUCAUACCAGGGCCGAUAGCACUGAAACCGAGGCACUAAUUCUAGAAGGGCAAGAUGUUGAAGCACAGCUCGGCAAGGAGGAACCGAGGGCAGUUAUGAACUAUCAACGAUUAGAAUUUCUCGGUGACUCUCUGCUCAAGAUGAUGACCACGAUUACGGUAUUCAACCGCUCAACAUGCGACGAAGAAGGAAUGCAUUGCAAGCGUAUGAACUUACUCUCCAACAACCGGCUGUGUACCACUGCAUCUGCUCCACACUACGAACUUUUUCGCUACAUCCGCUCUCCAGACGUGCACUGGCGUGAUACAUGGUACCCUGAAUUCUUGGAGCUCGAGAAAGGUCGACUCAUCAAAGUGACAGACAAACACCGCAAGCAUGCGCUUGGAAAAAAGACGAUAGCUGAUGUCUGUGAGGCCACUAUCGGAGCAUGCAUCAUGAGCACUCGUCACUUGCCCACGGAGGAAAAGUUCGAUCUCGGGAUCAAGGCGAUCACUAAGUUGGUGGAACAUUCAGACCAUGCCAUCAACUCGUGGAAAGAGAUCCUACCAAUGUACAAGCCGGCGUCUUGGGUAGCAGAAUUGAAUGACCCAAUUGCAAAUGAUAUUGCCGAUAAACUCUUCACAGCUACCGGUUAUCGCUUUAAGCAUCCUCGUCUCGCACGCUCAGCCUUUACUCACUCCUCCGACCAGCACUCGCCCGUUCAAAAUCUGCAACGACUCGAGUUCUUGGGCGACGCUUGCCUAGAUUGGGUUUGCAUAUGGUGGUUAUUUUCCACCAACCCAACUCGCGGUCCUCAGUGGUUAACCGAGCACAAGAUGGCCAUGGUAUCGAACAAAUUCCUCGCUGCCUUGGCGGUCGUCCUGGGGUUCAACAAGCUUGUCUAUGCGAAUAGUAUGGGUGUCUACGAUGAUAUAGCCCGCUACGCAUCCAAAGUCCAAGAGGCGUGGGAACAGAAGGACGUGAGAGCCGAUUUCUGGACUCGAAUUUCUGAAGGUCACGUACCAAAAGUCCUGGCUGACCUCGUCGAGAGUUAUCUGGGCGCUGUGCUUGUCGACUCCAGCUUCGAUUACCGGGAAAUUGAGUAUUUCUUCGAAAAACACGUCAAAUGGUUCUUCGAGGAUAUUGAGGCAUACGAUACUUUUGCAAACCGCCACCCCACCACGUACCUUGUGAAUCUCCUUGUUCAUGAAUUUCGGUGUCGGAAGUUUUCGCUCCCUGUCCAAGAAAACAGCGUCCCGCUCACCACAAACGCCACGAGAGGCAACGAUCAAAGUGAGGAUGAAGGCGACGAAGCUGUCUCUGGGGUUAUGGUGGAGGUAGGCCUCUUCGUUCAUGGGAAUAUCGUGGCAGCGGAUCGUGGACGGGGAGCGAAACACACCAAAGUCCGAGUGAGCAAGGCCGCGCUGAAGAAGCUGGGGAAAUUGAAGAUCGACGAGUUUCGGCGUCAGUGGGGUUGCAAUUGUGCGAGGAACGAGGCCGAUGAUGCGAGGGGCCAGGAAGAGACAGGAAACAGAGCGGAGAAUGGGCUUGUAGGCGAUGGUUGA